UUAACAGGUGAAACGAAUAACAAUUGAGAGCUUGUUAUCUUUUAUAAACGCGCGCGUGGAACACUGAGCAAUAUAAAUACACGCAAGAUUGUAUGAAAACAACUAACUGUCCACUGAUACAAGUGUUAGAAUAAGCCAAAGGUGAGUCGUGAAAUAUUUUCUUCUUCUGAAAUGAUAAGGUUGAUCAAACAGCAAACGAAGACAUUUUAAAAUGAAGGUUUUAAAAACACGGUGCGCAUAUUUUUUGGCUUUUAUAUCUUUCUGGCGUUCAUAAAGCCCGAUACAACUUUUACGAUUUUGGACAGUUUAGGAGUAAACAUUUCGUAAUUUCAAGCUCGGUGUUCUAAGUGCAUAGAAUUCUUAUUAUUGCAUUUCAAACCGGUACAGCAUCCUCAAAGAAAAUAAAAAUAUAGACGCCAUAUUCUUACCGGUAACAUACUUAGUUUUCAACCUAAUUAUCAUAAUCUACUGUUGAUCAUGUCAGCCUUCGGAUACGGCGGCGCCAGGAUGCGUUCAUCGAAUGAUGCCCUAUUUAAGUCUUCCUCAGCCAAACCUUCUUUUCAUUUGUACAUUUUCCUAAACUAACUAAAUAAUAAGAAUGUGUCGAAAUGGAUCAUUUAUACGUUGCGAUUUGACAACAUAUAUUAAUUAGCCGAUUCAGCCGAUUGGCUUAAAACAAGGCGGUUUUAACAAAACGUAAAACGAUACCAGUUUUCGAAUUCUGUGUAAUAUAGUCGACCAUAUUACCUCAGUUUUCUCAACCUUCUUAGUAGAGAGGCUUCAGAUUUGUAAAUUACUAGUCCAUUUUAGAAUGUUUUCAAAUUAUUUCACCUUAAUGUCGAGAAAAAGUGUUACUUUUAUGAUACGAUAAUUAACUAACUCAGGGUAAAAUCCCAUUAGCUUUUAACGAUGUAACGUUCUCAAAUUCGGCAACUUUGAACGUUUAUAACCCUCCUCAUUUACAACUCUUUAACACUGUCUGUCCUAAUGGACGAUUAUUCGCCUUGGUGGUGCAAUAUGCAAAGUCAGACGUUUACUUAGCGUAGUCUUUUUUUAGUCAAGCUAAUAUCCCAUACAUAAUUGUACAGAUCAUGCAUUAAAAAUGCUUCAUUUUGCAAGAGCUGUCAUCACAAAUUUGUCAGAGAUACAUACAAAACAACCAUUACCGACAAUCCGUUCUUUUGACAGCCUGCCACAUUUCCUCAGAUUUUAAGUUCAAGUAAACUCGGUUCUGUAAACUAAUUUUGAAUCAAAACAAAAAUAUCUUUUUUUGUAGCGAAUUUUAAAAAUCCACAAUCAGUUAAACAUUUUUCUGAUAUAAAUUAAUUUUGCUGCCUGUUUUGAACAGGUUUUUUUCCCGUCAUAAUCAAAAUACAAGAUGGCGAAUUGAAGAUGGUGGCCAUUUAAUUGAGGUAAUAACGUAAUUUCCAACCUCGUCCCCAGGGUCGUCUUCUCGCUUUCCAAUAUAGCGGCGGCCAUUUUGGAAAGCGAGAAGACCAUAGGGGACGUGGUUGCGUAAUUUCUGUGGAGAACUUAGAUUCUCUCAUAUAUACCUAAAACAGUGCUCAAUAUCCUCGUGACAGAGCCCCUUUAAGCUCCUGCUGUAGGUCCGAGCACCUUUUGGCAGUACCAAAAAUGUAGCUCAUAGGUUUCAUUAGAUUGAUCACAUCAGCAGUUCCCACCUGCCAACCAAAAAUUCGAAUUAAAAAAAACCAAGAACAAGAAGAAAACAAAAAAACACACACACGCACACAGUGUCGUCACUAAUGUGGCCUAGCCUAAGGGCAAGUUCUCCGCAAAAUGGUGACUCUCGAAAACUGAGACCAUUUUUUCACAUGUAAAGAAAUUCGAUGAAUCUAACUCAAUUUUGAGAGUAAUGUUGUUGUAGUGUUUCCAUCCUCAACGACAUAAUUCCUGAAGGAAUUUAUCUUGAUCUUGAUUAAGAGAAGAUCGGCUAAAAUAUGGCCAAUAGUUAUCAAGAUUACACAAAACUGAUAACUUUCAGUUACAGAGAAAACAUUAUCGGCGUGCGGUGAGCUGACGUGGAGUAACAGUUGCCGACCACAACAUUUCUCCACUCGUUGGUAAGUUCGUAUUCAUUCGUGGAGGUGAAAUCCUAUAUUUUUUUUCUGUUUAGAAGACUACAGAGGUUUAUUAACAGCAGGCUCGAUAAAAGUAAUGACAACUUCAACGUUGCAAAUUAUUGCAAAGUAAAAAUCUCUCUCUCGUUGUUACAAUUGUGUUCAACGUAGUAAUCUGUGUUGCCAUCAAAAUACAGCAUUAGUCUAGCGAAAUUUUGGCGCAUUUCUCAAUUUGCAACUAUUGCGAAGAUUUAUCGCUUGCAAACCAGUCCAUUCAAAUAAGACACAAUGCUGAUUGUUUUCUUUUACCUUGAAAGCAAACACGUUCCGUGAUCAGUACUGGAAUCAACGGAUGGGUACACUAAUAAAAAUGUUGAUAAAUCAAAUUUUUAAAAAAGAAGAGUUGAUGUAUACAAGAAAGCGAGGCUGUGUUGAUCCUUUAUUUCAUUCAAUAUUUCUGUUUAUCUUAGGAAAAAAUGCACACCUUUAGACGUGAUUAUUAUUAUUAUUAUUAUUAUCAUUAUUAUCUAUUUAAUUAAUAACUGUGGACAUCCCGAUGCUUGAACAGAUUAUCAAAUAUAGGCAGUGAAGCAUUUUACCAUUCUUUCCUGCAAAGUUACAUGUAUAUCGUCAAAUCUUUGGUAUUGAAAUUUAAACUAGAUACACUAUCAGAAGUACUAGUAGUCUUUGUCUUCAAACGCAUAGACAGCUUGCUGACUGUAAAAUGACCUUAAUAAAAAAUCAGUCCCUUUUCAGAAAAGGUACCUUUUUCUUUAAAUCAAAGCCUUUUAAACCUACAGUUGCAAUGACCUAAAGCAAGUAAUGUUUUACUGGAUAAACCGUCCGGUAAGAACAUUCAUGAAUAUAAUGGGGUAAUUCUCUGGCAGAUGGGUGUUAACUUAUGCUUAUGCUUACUCAGUGAAUUUUCGCGGGAUCUUUCACCUGGACGCUAUUGAAACCAAGCACAAAACACAAAACACGAAAUGUUGUAGGAAAUUAAAGGAAAGUAAAAUAACUAAUGAUGCCUUAGCGAUUCUCCGUAUUAAAAAAAUAUCAAUAGUUCAAUUCAUAAGUCACCAAAUGGAUUUUAAGAAAAUAUUAACUGAUGUGGCGUACCUCGAGGGUUGGUUUUGGGCCCUAUCAUUGUUUUGCUGUGUAAUAAUGAUAUUCUUAAAAGCAUAAAAAUGUUUUCACGUAUGCUUCUUGCCGAAUAUCUUAGUUAAUUUAUUCAUGUACUUUUUAUACAAAACUAGGGAUUUCAUAAUCUUGACAGCAAGAAAAAACACUAAAUUUAAGAAAGUAGACCCGUGUCUACAAGCGAAUAUUAAAAACAGAUUAAAAGGAUGUCAAAAAUUGACAGCCUUUCCAAAUGAUUAAUUAAAAAUCCCUCAAGAUCAUUUAGCACUUUUAAGAAAAGGUCAUUUGAAUAUCAUUAACUAUUUAUAAUUAGGCAAAUUGUGUUUUAACGAGACUGUUUCAAGGUAGACCGGUUAAUUUCUAAUUACUUUCCUCUCCCGCUAUAGAAUUGAUAGCCUAUAGAAGUAACUUCUUCGAAAUGGCAAAAUCGCAGCUUCAUGACAAAAAAAUGCUACCAUGCAUUGUAUUUAACGUUACAAACAAGAGAGAUGUGCUUCGACUGAAAUUAUUGGGUUAGCAAUGUUUCAAAAAUUCCAAUUGCAAUAAUCCCGUUUAAAUCUUCUUUAAUUGAGGUUAUCCAUCCUCUCCUUCUUUGUACGUAUGCGUUGUGUUACAAACAUUCUGUCAGUAUAUUUAAGUAGUUAUUUUUAUGGUGGCUAGCUCAACCUUUCUGAAUUUUCCUAAAUUUCGUGGCACCCCUUGAUAUUCACGGAUUUUUUUCCCAAUAAUUUGUAUUUUCGUUUUUUAAGACUAAAAAUCGUAUUGUUGUUUAGACCAAAUUUCGCGUUUGGAGAGCAUGCAUAGCCUAGUAACCCAGUCCCGGAACUUCUUUAACCUGUUUUUAUAUGGAUGUUAAUAUCAUAGGUGACGAAUUACUCCUUAUUUUUGGCGCUAAAUUUCAGCGUUAAUUUGUAAUUUCACUUGAGAAAUUACAAAAUUGCCAUGGCAACCUUCCGUACGUCUCAGUGUCAAGGUGGCGACGAAGUUUUAAAAUGCCGUGAAUGAAGAUGUCAGGGCACAAAAAGGCGCUUUAGAAAACCUGAACACACAAGAGAACAUCAGGAAAGACUCUAACAGGUACUUUGCCGAAAAAGUCUGAAAAAUUCUGAACUUUAUAAGCCAAAUUUAAGGUCUAAACAUUCGAGAGAGUGGAGUUCUCGAUCGAUACGAUCCAGGAUAAACGUGUCAAAAAUCCAAGAUUACUAACGUAAAUCGUCACGCAUGAUAUUAAUAGGUAAUCAAAUGGUAUACUCGUGAAAUUAUUCCCUAACUUCACUCGUCACCAUUUGAUUACACAUACUAAUAUCAGUUAAUCACCCUGCAAAAAUAUUUGAGCGAGCAGCAUCGAUCAUGCGCUAAAGAGGCCUUAAAAUGGGGCUGUAGUCGGCUGUUUCGCACUGUUCAAGCAGCGUCCACGAAGAUAAGCCGGGAAAAGCUACUGCCAGCUGCAAACUUCUCACGCUGAGUUUUACAAGUUAGAGUUGUCUACUUGUUUUGCAGCUUUUCAAAUUUCUUGAAAAUACUUCUAUUUAUAUUCAAUUGGACUUGAAACGGAUCAAUAUUUUGAAAAAGGAACAAAAAUGAAGAAAUUUCUAAUAAACAUCUUAGUUUCCUAGUAACAUGUCACUUCUAUAUACACCAACCUUUGAUAAGAUUAUCACCAAUUACCAAUAUAUGGUUCAAACCUCCGCUCGAUUACUUAAAUAAGAUUGGCAACAGACAGUUCCUCAAAUAUGCAAAAUAAUUGAAAAACCUUAAAUGAUAAAUUACAUCUUAUUGUAGAAUUAUCGCUACAUAGUGCAAACUACAGAAUUUAUUUGGAAAAUUGAAAAGCUUCAAGGUAACUGCGAUAAAGGCAAGUAAAUACUCAGAACUGAUGAAUAAAAUUAUAUUGUAAAAAGCGUCGCAUAACAAAAAAAAAACAUCAGAGGUAUUUUAUGUUUCCUACUUGUUUAAAGUUCGACAAAAGCACUUUGCUCCGCACUCUUGCCUCGGCAGCCGGGUUUAAUCAUUUUUAAGUGAGAGGUUUUCUUGGUGAGCUAAAAAUAUUAUGUUGGGGGAUGAAUAGCCUCCUGUUCGUCUGAACAACGCGACUAUUAUGUUACAUCAAUAUAGAGAAAGAUUAUAUUUCUAGUGGUGUAUGAUAUGGUUGCCACAUUUACAUUUUAUGCUUCGGUAAUUUAUCGUAUGUCUCCUCGGCGAUAGUCAUUUGUUAUUGGUCGCGACGAGUGUCAAUGGCCGUUCUUACACUAGAGGACGCAUUAUCCGUCUGGACGGGGGAUGGGGAGGGACUGGUCCAGACGGAUAAUGCGUCCUUAGUAUAAACACGGUCAAAAUUUAUUGCCAAUGCUUUACAUUUAAAAGAUGCGAUAAAAUUCAGACUGAUAUGUACUAGUCAUUGAGAUAUGUAUGGUUAGCAUAAAUUUGGAAAAAUUAGCAUAACGGCAAAACAGUGAAUGUUUGGCUGGUUAGUAGGCUAGGUUUUUUUAAAACUUCAACAUGUUGCAGUGCAUCAAUCUUAAUGACAGUUUCAGACAUUAUUAUAUACAUCGUGAAGGUUAUGUGAUGAGGUGUAAAAAGAAUUCUGUCGAGUCGUUUUAGAGAGAUACAAGUCAAAAUUUAGAAUAAGGGCGCACUAAGACAGGUGUUGAGAAAACCGGUUAGUUUUCAGGAUCGCAAGAAACAAAAUACACCAAAAUUUUCAAGCAGCGAAAUUAAGCAGCAUUCUGACGCUACUUAAUAUUAACUUGAGAUUAUUUAAAACGUUUUUAUUAAACAAUUUCUCACGGCUAUUGAAAAUGUAAGGUUCCUGGAGCCAUUUGAGCAUAAUUUAUGCCAAAAAAGCUCAAUCAAAAGGCUAUUCCAGCCCACGGUAGGGCCCAUUUCAGCCCUGGGACCAAAUCAGCCCUAGCUAAUUGGACUGUAUUGGCCCUGAUUUAAGGGAGCCAAAUUAGACUCAAAAAUAGGACUGUAUUUUACGCACCGAAACGGCCCUAUUUUUAGGGCUAAAACAGAUCUUUCUGAUUUAGAGUGUAGUGUCGGAUAUAGAGAAUACUUCAUGGAAAGUGCUGGCGUACGGUAUUUACGCACGAGUUGUUGACGUAUCAGAAAUCGAACGAGUGAGCGCAGCGAACGAGUAAGAUUUCUGAUACAAAAACAACGAGUGGUACUACAAAGAUUGUGGUAUUGUGUUUAUUAUAUACAUACUGAGUCAUUCCUCAUUUUGCGGGCCUUUUUAUUUUAAAUCUUUCAAAAAUGCUAAAAUUUGCCGCUACACACUUACCGCAAAAUGACAACGAAAACGAAGUAUCAGCUUUUUAGUAAAAAAACGUUUGUUAAAAACAUAAAUGACGGUGAGGAUAUGAGGUAAUCCAAGAACUAUAAGUAAUCUUAACUGUUUGUUCUCAAUGCACAAUUGAAAAUGAGUGAAUUUAAGUAAAAUGGCCGGUUUCAAUAUAAACUUAAGCUUAAAUGAAAGGCAAAGUAGCUCCGACAAAAAGCACAACAAAAGCUUACGUCUCAUUCUGUUUAUCCCUUUCCGCUGUUGUUUCGCCGGCUCUCUACCGUAUUUUUUUAUCGACAGUGAAACAAACGAAACUAUUCCACUCCAUUUCCGAAAUGUUUUUCACUUUUUAGCGAAAAAACUCCUUGAGUAAAACUUUUCUCGUUGAAUGUGUGCGAAGCGGCGCUGCAAGCUGCAAUAAAAGGCGGGAAUUUUGGCGCGAAACUCGCACACCUCUGUGGCUUCUGAUUGGACGUAUCAUUUUUCUCACACGUGAAAAAACAUCGUUCGCGAUUCUGAUUGGACGUAUCGUUUUUUUCACGUGUGAAAACCAUCGUUCGCUCCUCUGAUUGGCUAGAACUAAUUUGCGUACGAAAAUUUACGACAUAGCUUUUUGGUGAGUAUUUCUCAGUAUGUAUAUAAUAAAUUCAGUAGCAGGUCUAGAUUAUAUUGCGCAAAAUUCGGCUUUCAGAGAUUUCAGCGUUUUUUGUUAAUUGUUGUGAUAGUGAUACUGAUUAUACUUAAGACUGCAUUUUAACAAACUUCAAUUCAUAGUCAAUCACUGGCGAAAACUUUAUAGCGAUGGGACAAGGAUAUGAUCACCUUUAAGGAGAUUGAAAAGUAUGAUUCGUUAUGGUCUCCAUAGACUGCGAGCAGAUUUAGUGAGAGCAAUGCACGCGCGCGGGAGCGGCGAAGCCGCGAGACGCGCGAAACGAGGGCGUCAGCCUCUCCCGUCUCGCGCCAUCAGUCACGCUUGGCCAUUUGCGUGUUUCGCGUUUUGCUCGAUGGACUACAGAAAAAAGAGAGACUCCUCGUGGUCUAUGGUCUCCAAAAAACUGUAUCGAAACACCUUAAAAUGUCAACAUGUUGUUUCGCACUCCUUCCUCAGCAGGCUAAAUCAUUUUCAGAGUGAGAAGUUUUUCGGUGAGCUAAAGAUAUUUUGUUGCGGGAAAUAGCCUCUUGUUAGUUUGAAAAACGCGACUGUUAUGUUACAUCUAUAUGGGAAAGAUUAUUUAAAGUGGUGUAUGAUAUGGUUGCCACAUUUAUGACCCGGUAAUUUAUCUUAUGUACUCCUGGGCGAUAAUCAUUCUCUUAUUGGUCGCGACCUUCUGCUAAUGUUUAUUCCCUGAUAAAUUAUAAGGCAAGCAGUAAAUGGCCGAAACUUCGUGAUCACCGGCCGUUAGACAAACGAUGUCGCAUGUUAAAAUAUAUCCUGCCUCAUUCAUACGCCGAGCGAGUGGGAAACUAACGGCUGAAACGUAACCAAAUGAGAUAAUUUAAUGGCAGGCGGUUCAGGGAGAUGAAUGGGAGGCAGAACCUGUCGUAACUAGAGUGUCUUAAAGGCACCGAAAGCAAGCAUAGAAACGAGGAAAAGACUUUACUGACGGCGUCUGUGGAUUGAAUUAGAUUGGAGGUUCUUUUCCGUCUCCUGCCUGAUAAGGGCGGGACGAGUUUCUAGCAAGAUUAGGGAAAGAAGAGUGAGAGUAGCUGGGCAUUGUGUUAGACUCAAAGAGAAGGAGGCAUCGAAGCUUGUGUGUGGUGGCAGCCAAACACGGACAAACCAAGAGAGGAAGAGCUAGGUCCACGUACAUACAGUCACACUUUGCUUGGGGACACCGGGUUCGCCACUAUUGGAGAACUCAGGCGGGAAUGCUACACCAAAGCGACCGGCGAGGAAGAAUCCACGUUGUCCGAGCUAGUGCUCGACCAGACUAACUUGUUUCGAUAUGCUUAUAGGUUAUGCGAAGAAUCUCUGCUGGAAUAAGUCAUAGCCCGGAAUCUAUCAAAAAGAACAGUUUUGGGUUUUUCUCGCAGCACCAAUUAAAAGCGGAUCCAAAUUUUGCGCUUGUCAGGCGGAAGUUGCAUUUAAAGGCUCUCAGUGAGUCCCUCUUUUUCCACUGAAGUUUCCUCUUCUCUGUAUAGGUGUUCCCAAAAACUCUAUCUCUCGUCUUACCCAUUAAAAAUCAGUCGAGACCUUUUUAUCAUCAGCAUAUCACAGCAACAGUAAGAAUAAAUUUGAUAAAAAUAUCUCUAAAUUCAAGGUGUAAUGCCAAAGUUUAAUAAGUAAAAAUAGAAAUAUAUCUUUUUUUUAUAAGAAAAAAGAACCUUUUGAAAAACAAAGCUGUGAAAACUAGGUUGCCAUGGCAACGUCAAAGUUGACGCACACGUCACGACGACUUGAAAAAUGUUUCGUCCAAACUUGUGGUUUUUUAACCCACUGUCUUUGCAAUAGGUUUUGUAAAGGUUUUUUAAACGAUAUAUGAUAUACACCAAAGGAGAUGUAACUUAUCAAAUCACCGACUAUAGUUAGAUUUCUCCUGGAUUUGGAGAUUUUAAGGUCCCUAUUGUCAUAGAAAACUAGACUUUAGCACUUUUUUUCGCAAUGAAACGUCCAGUGGUGUAAUGAUUUUAAAGUUUCCUCUCUAUCGUCGAGCAAAUUUUACCGACAAUCAUACUGACCAGGUUUUAGGACCAGUGCACAGCAAGGUUGAGGAAUUUAGACAGAGCAAUAAGAGGUUCAUCAAAGGAUGUAUGAUACUUUACACAUUGCGCGUAUUUUCAGCUCUUCAGAGCCAGUGGAACCCCACAUCAAUCCUUUCAAAGUUCGCUUAGCUGUAGCGUUGAAAGAGGAAGCAAAUGACAGGUAUUUGUGAGAGACUGUGAGCAUUGAAUCUUGUUGCUUUACCGCAUUUGAAUACUGUACUGGGCGUACACCUGUAAUUCUCUGUAAUUAAAUCCGAAAAACAAUAAAAGGUUUCGUUUAAUUAUAUUUUGGGGGCACACCCAAAAACAAAAGGCAAGAGUUUAAAUUUCGCCCGUGGGUCACUGGCGGGUGUUGGUUGUAAAAUAGCACAAUUUUGUUGUGUACUGUGUGUUGUUUGUCAUGAUGUCGACUAACAUUGAAAAAAAUACUGCUGUUUCAGAGGAGGGACAUGUCUUGAUAGCUUAUCGGAUUUUUUCUGGCCCUAAGCUUGGCCAGUAUGCAGAUCAAGAGCUCUUGAAAUCCCUUUUCCAAAAUAAAACUCCGGACUUAAGCUUAAAAUAUAUAUUGAUCCAAGUGCAUGAUCAGUAGGGUCAGCAGUGAGAAUAAAGAAAGCAGGUCAAAGGGGAAAAGUAUUAAAAAACAAAGACUAAACAGAAAAAAAAAGAAAAAAAAAAGGUACUAAGAAACAUAAAACAUCGUCGCCGGGAGUGGAAUCCGGUUCAUCUGCAUGUGCAAGCGAGUGCUUGUGCCCUGCAAUACAGUGACACACAUGGUUUGAAAAAAUAAUUUUGUUAUAUCAAAAACAUUUUUCUCUGCCAUAGACGCUGUUUGAAGCUGGUGGAGCUUUUUUUUAGCGAUAUCAUGAAUUCACAUAUACAUUUGAGGAGAAUUAGCUAAAGCGCGUAUUUCAAAGUUAUUCAUCACAUUAUUUCUGCUUCAAAGAGCGGAUCGAUGUAGGUAAUCGAUCGAACUAUCUUUACUGAAUUUGGUGGAGAAUUAGGAGAUCAACAGAGGCCCACAGUCGAAAGGAUUGAUAUGAAAUUAGGCCGGUUAAAUUCGCGAAAGAAUAGAUGAAAUAUAAACAAGUGUGAUCUGUGAAUGGAACCUCCUAUUCUGGAGACUUGACCUUGCCAAUGUUAAAGAAAAAAGGAUCUAUUAAGCUUUGAUGGCCUUGCCGGUCCCGUGAAAAAGAUGGCGAUCCCGCAACAAGGCCCGCAAAACAAAUUAACAAAAUUGUACAAUUACGGACACAAAAUAUGAAAACGGUUUACACAAGCAGAUUAUAGCAACACCAAAGCUCGCACGCCUUCUAUCAAAUUAGCGAUAUGUAGGGAUAAUUGCUAGCUUCUUAGCAUUUCCUCGACCUCACUCGUCCUAAUAACUGUUAUACCCCUUGCUAAUUUGCACAAGCGACCCGAGGCUCUUGCCCGUUACUAUGUGACAUCACACUGGUAGACGGAGUGGGUCAAGAAACGUAGGUGGAAAACAAUAGAGUCAACUUCCCCACCCUGGUCAAAUUUUAUUCUAGUUUCACAAAUCUCGACUUGUUUGACAUUGACGCAAAUUUAAUACAAGAACGGUUCCCUAAAGUAAGAUCUUACAAGCCCACUGAAAUUUCUGUGGCACUUAUUUAUUGUCCCAGGCCCUUGAGAAUGGAAAAAGAUUUGGCAAAUCUGGUAAACUAAAUCAGAUUUGUUAAUAUUAGUGAUAAGAGCUUUACAGUACAUGUACUUAGCGAGUUGGCUGCACGUAUCGCCGCGGUAAGAUCACCUGCGUUAGUGGAACAUGCCAUGCGCAGACGUGGAUUUGCAUAAUGGGACUUCAGCAUCUGGUUGAACCUUCCAUGCAAUAUGCUUUUCAAGAGAACUUUUACAUGUAAAUAUGUCAUUAUCAGCUACUGAUUGACAGGGUAGGCAAAUCGCACCUUGCUCAUUGAUCUGAAAGGUGUCUUCGGCAAGUGCCCACAAUUUUGACCAUCGACAAUCAGCUCUCAAGCCACGAAUUCAUGUCGAAUUUGACAGGUAGGAUUAAUAGAGAGUGUAUGUUAAAAAAAAAAAAAGAAUUUGAUGGUGACAUUUUAAUAGAAUUUAAACGAAAAUCAGGAUAAGAAAACAUCGUAAUUUGAGACUGUAGUAUUACUUAAAAUGGCCGGGCGGCCAAUGCUACCAGUUCAUAACAUACUGUGGAACUGACACAUUUCAUAAACUGGUGACUUUUUUGCUUUUCAUUCUAAUCACAGCCUGAAAAAACUGAUAAAAUAAUUGCCAAUACCAGUAUUUUUAGUUUUGAACACUGAUAAGAAUUGUCUUCAAGUGUAAUUGACCUGAUAAAGCAAAAAAAGCGAAUCAGUUUAUUCAAAACAAAAAGAUGUUAUUGCAACUAAUUAAUCAGACUCGCACAAUAAGGGCUGGUGAAGCAAACCCUUCGGUAAAAACUUAUAAACAUCUUUUUUGACAUCAAAAGAAAAGAGGACAAAAUUACAUAGAACUGCACUCUUAUUAGCCGGUAUUGUAUUGAACCCCACAAAAUAGGUAUUGUAGCACGCUUUUUCUCAUCUAAGCGAAUAACCGUCAAAUAAUAUUUGAGGGUCAUGGCUACUAAGUUUUAUUCGCUGAAUUUUACUCUUGCAAUCUAUUAUUAGUGUCGUUAUUACCACAAAAAAAUAUUAUGUAUUAACUCAUUUGAAAACCACCUAUAGCUUUUCACCCUUGAGCAAUAUGAUUUUAUUACUUUUCAGUCCGUUUGAGUACCAAAUGAUUUUCCGUAGCAAGUUAUUUAACAGACUAGACGAUAUCGUGUGAUGAUUUUUAUUUUAUAAAAAGCCGGCUUUCCGCCAGCUUUGCUUAUUAGCUUUUUUUGGUCAUAGUUUUAAUGGACCAUUUUUACAAUGGAGUCGUUUUACUCAGUUUGAAAAGAUCACUCCGUUAUCCAUUAGUUUUCAUUUUUCGUUUUGCUUUUUGCUUAUGUUGGAACCUUCUUGUGAUGAGUAAUAACCAUAUAGCCCUCAGUUAUAUGUGAAAGGGAAAACUGUGCUGCAGCUAGUAUACGUCUGGUAGUCAUUGAUGUAGUAAUAAACAAUUUUUAGCUUUUCAUGGAAGUGGUUUAGGAUACUGACGUCGGUGGCGUUUGAUCAUGCAUGCAUGAAACAAAUUUUAUAAGGUCUUCAGUUUUACAAUGAGUGAACUUUUUUUGAACCAACAAACUAAGAUUCUAUUGCAAAAGCACAUUUUGUAAAUGAGACGAUGACAGUCACCGAGAAAGAAUAAAUUAAAGGAUAAAAUAUAAAUUAAAAGACUGAUUGAACAAGUGAUAAGCAAAUCACCCUACUGGAGAUCAAGCUCAACAGUGAACUGAAUGAUGCUUAUUUUCCAAGUUUUCAUUAUCUUUAAGUAAAUUUCAGCUUCGACACCAACUGUGAAAAAGAUUAAUCAAGCUUUAUGUUUGACUGUUGAAAUCCGUAUUUGGAAUCUUGCAAUAAUUCACAGUAUCCCGUUUUAAAAGGCAGGGUUUUUCAGUACUCCCAUGGCAUCGCCAACAAUCAGCGGGACCAAUAUUAACUAUUUAAUACAUCGUCAAAACCUCACGAUUAUUUCAAGUCAUCCCGGUGCUUCUAAUUGUCAUCAUGUAUUUCAGUUUUUACAUUUACAGACACGCAGCCUAAGUCAGAAAACCGCACGAUGCGCUGGUUCAUGGAGGAUUUCUCGUUCGCUUCAAUUUAACAUUGUAAGGUAUUGUUUUCUUUAGUCUGUAAGGCCCAAUGUAGUUGCAAUUUUGAAGAAAGUACACUAGCAUAACAUCUAUUGUGUAUUGCGCGUGCGUCUUCUGAAGUGUCUCAACUUGGCUGCGAGUUGGUAAAUGGCAUGACGAGGAUCUGUGUUCUUAGGAUCAUCACCUACGGCUCUCUUUCCUGAUUGAUAAGUGUUAAAAGGGGCUACGUCUCGCAUACUUUCCGAUGAUUUUUCCUGUGUUCCUUAACUACGAGCUUGCAAAUCAACCACAGUACAAAUGGACCAAAUUCGGUGCAUUCACCCUUCAAGCUCCAGGGAUAAGGGAAACAAAAUAAUUCAUCCCUGAACGUCCUGUACCUGAAGGGACACACCUUCAAUUAAAACAAAUUGAAACAAAGUAACGUGAAAUAUCUCGCCGAUGUUUUUCAAUUUUAACUGAGUGUAGUUUGUUCUCCUUCAGAUUUUUCUUAUCCGAUUCACCUUUUCGCUUAGUUUAUUGCAUAUAACCCCACGGUGUUCUUGAACAGUUUCCUCACAGUUAUUUUGAUGUCAGCUCAAUCAAUUCAGUGAUUUCAAUUUUAAAUUGCGCUCGAUCUUCUGUUGAUUGUUUGGCCUAAUCUUGGCUUCAACGAGGUGGCGCUUUAAAAAAAAAAGAUAAGGAUUACACAGUCAAAAUUGAAACAAAAACCAAAAAGAAAGAAAAGAAAAGCAAACCAAAACAAACAAACAAAAAUAAAAAAAAAUCGUCUUUCGCUUUCCGACUUUUCGCACUAGUUGCCUUGGAAAAAAUUCUGUGUUGUUGAGAACUCGCUCUUGUGAACUGGGCUAUACCUUCACGAUCUGCAAUUUCUUGCAUGGCUUGUCGCGCAUUUUCCGUUCUGUUACAGUUUGAAGCAAAACCCAGGAGUCCGUGAAAGAAAGAUGUGUACGCGCAUGGUCACUCUAUGUGCCGAACCUAAUACUUAUUCAGGUUCGACUGUUCAUUCAGACGGUCGAACUAUACAUGUACCGAACCUAAUUCGUGGCGAAAAGAAAUAUCACCCGUACUGCUUAAAACAGGGAAAUAAACUGAAAAAAGUAAAAUUCACCAAGCCUGGAAUUUCUUGUUUUGAUUUUAGUGUGAUUUUGUGUCAAGGAGACAGCUGAGAAGGUCGUGAUCGUGAUAUUUGGUAGCCUGUUCCAGACUCCGAGAUAGUCGGGUCCGCUGAAUCGAGAAAGCGCAAACACGAAAAUAAAACUGGAGGAAACUGGGGAGAGCGGGGGCGGCUCUCUCUCCCUUCCUCUUUCCUUUUUCCCGCCCCGCCGACUUUUCGCGUACCUUUUUCUUUAGCGUCUUCCCCACUAUCUGAGAGCCUGGAACAGGCUAGAUAUUUGGACAAAAUAAAGUAACGCCAUAAACUUUAAAAUACAUUACGAUUUCUUUAUGGAUAUAAAGACAAGCAACUUUUUAGAAGACCAUUUUAAGCUCUCCAGUUUCAGUCUAAAAAUCGACAGCGUGAAUGCUGGUAAUCGUCGUUACGCUUCUAUAAGUUCUGUCUGCACGGUCGCGAAAACCCACUAAAUAGCCCAUCAGAAGUGUGGUUAUAUUGAAAAAUACGUUAACAUAAUUUAUGCAUUAGGUUCGGCACAUGUGAAGUUGCCGUUCUGUUCGAUAAGCUCAGUCGAAUAGAACGGCAGAGUCGACCCAAAUACAAAUUAAGUGCCGUUCCUAAUUGAUUCAUGCGUCGAACUUUACAUGCGCCGAACCUAAUAAUUUGGUUCGGCACAUGUAAAGUUCGACGUUUGAACCGGGCCUAUCUCGUGGGGAUUAAAUUGCCUUUGAUAUCUCGAAAAUUCUUCUCCCAUUAUUCUAAAUAAAAAAUGAGCAUUAACAGUUAAAGUUCAACAAUCUGAGGAAUUUUUAAAUUAGCAUAAACAAAUGAAUCAGAAACAAAGACCUGGUCCUUAAAAAAAAUUCAACGUUAGCAUUACCACACGUUUUUGUUCCGAUCUACACCUGGAGAUCAGUAUAAACAAAACUUUUAAUGGACAUCAUUUUGUGUUCGGGUCGUAACAUAAAAAAAAUGACGUAACAAAGUAGAUAUAUCAGCAAAACCCGACAAAGCUAUUAAUCCACAAAGUGUUUUUUUGAGUAAAAAGGCUUAUCUGUUCCGCGAUAAAAGCUCUUUACCGGCAUAAUUGGCUCUUUUCAAGUCAACAAUAAUUUACUUUCGAAAACUAUGAAUAUAAUUUCUAAGCAAAAUUAACCAAAUUCUACUUGUUUAGUAUUAACGCAAACUUAUUACGCACGUGGCUUACAACAGCCAGAGGUGUUACAAGAAGGCCGUGCUCUGAUGAGUUCGUUUCAGUACCAGAUGCAUGGUCCACAUACAUUUCAGGGGCCCCCCUAGUAGACGAAUUUGUUAUUGGCGGUUAUCGACAAAUUUAGCAAACUGUGAAAGUAGAUUCGAUUUCGUCAUCAUACGCCGUUAUUCAGUGGACUCGGGGCUUUCGUGAUGACGGCUGCAAAUACACGGAUUUCAUGUGCCUUAGAGGAACAGCAUUUCAGCGUUUAGUUGAACCUUACAUGCAAGGUUCUUUUGCAUGUGAAUAUAAAUGCCAUCAUCAGCCACAUGAUUAACGAGGUAAGCAUAUCGCGCCUUGCGCAUGAAUUUGAAGGUGUUCUUGAAGAGUGCCCAAAAUCUAGACCUUCACGAAUUCCUGUCGAAUUUGACAGGUAAGUUAGAAAAUUCAGCGGUUUCCAAAAUGAGAAAUCAGUAAAGAAUAGUAAAUAUAAUACAUGAAUUUGAUGGUCAUUUUUAAGUGAACACUGAAAACGAAAGUAGGUAGAAAAGGUCGUCAGUAAUUUGAGAUCCGCAAUAUCAUUUAACAGCUAAAUGUUCUACCUACAUGCCAAUUUAUUAGUCGUACUUUUCAUAAACUCAUGUAAUUUGUCCUUUAAGUAUAAUCAUAGCCUGAAACAAAUACAUAAGAUAAUUGUCAAAACCAGUAUCUUGUUCUGAACACUGAUAAGAAAAUCCUAAGUCUCUUUAUAAAGUUUAACUCACCCGAUAAUAGAGUGUUCAUCAGUUUAAUAAAAACAAAAAGAUGCGCAAGUAAAAUUUGAUGGUAGCGUUAGUUGCUAGAUUCGUGUUCAGAUUUUUGUUCGCUGAAUUUUGCGCUCGUAAUCCGGCUUUCAGUAGUAUUGUCAUCAUCUCAAGCCUAAUAAUUAACUCAGCUGAAAACUCAUUAAUAGCUUUUCUCUCUGAUCAUGAGCUAUGUGAUAUCACUUUUCAUUCAUUUUAAUGCCACGCUGAUUUGCGACAAAAAAAACUGAAGAGGCUGGAAGAAGGGUAAUUCUUCGACGGAAUAUCUGAUUUCCUGUGGUCAAUUAUAUAACGUUUUAUAUAAACGAUACUGUGUGGUAUUAUUAUUUUCUGAAAUCAAAAUAUUAUUAUAAAAGAACUCUCAUCAGUUUUUGUCCUGACAUAAUUUUUCUGGGAGACCUAUUGUAGAUUAUAUAUAUAAAAAAAAAGUCGUUGAAGCUUAGUUGCAAUCAGAACUCGGUCCGUUUUCAAUAGACUAUUAAUUCAGUUUUACUCUGCCGUAAAAGUUCGUUUUUUUUUUUUUUUUACAUUUUAUCCUUUAAACUAUAGGGCUUUAAUUUUAAAGUAAAAAAAGCAAUGUCUCGAGUAUUCUGCCUUUAUUAUUAACUUUUGUGAAAAUGGUUUAGGCUGCUUGCGUGGUGUUCUAUUUUGCCUGCACAAAGCAGUUUUUCAAUAGGCAGUCUCUUGCACAUUGAGGAAACGCUCCUUCCAAUAAACUUAGCUUUUAUUGCACAAGCUCGGUUUGAAAAUGAAGUGGCAUUCAAUUUCCUUUGUUCAGAUUAAAAUUCAGUCUCGUUGCCAACUUUGAGUAAGAUUAAUUAAACCUCACGUUUACUGUGGUGAUAGUAAUAGGUAAACGCUACUGCUAAAGGUUUGAAGUUUGCCGCCGAUCACCGAUAAGAAUGCAAGUUACCGGCUUAUAUUUGUUUUUCGCUGAAAACUAGACACCCGCGCUGCUGUUUAUUGUAGACGUGAUGCGAAUGGCGUUAAAAGUAAGCCGUCAACAUGUUGACAUAUCCGCUAGUUCCAAUCAGUAGUUUCCAGUCGAAUUGUUGUUUAACUAUAGUAACUGAUUUGCUUUUGCUCAAGAUUUCAGUGUCAGCCAUCAACGGAAGUUAAUGGCAAUAAUUGUCGCCUUGUGUUUCAGUUUGUAUUAAAGAUACGCCGUUUUCACGAAUCAGCCCGAUUCAGACAAGCACUGCAAUGAAAUCUUGUAGUUUGCUGUUCAAGCCAAGUUCCUUUUUUAGCCUUUUAAAAAUUGUUGGCACAAACAAACGGUUGCGUGAAUUGUAGCUAAUUGUGAAUUGGCUGUUUGCAACGCACUUCCGAGAUACCGUGUCAGCCUUAUUCAGGGGCACCCAACGAGGAUAUAGUUCAAAACCACUUAACAUAGCAUUGUUGAACGUAUUUUAGUAUUUAAACGGUAGAUAUAGGCAUAUUUUUAUCCCCUAAAAACUUUUCAUCUGUUUGGAUUUCCUAGCUGAAAGUCUAGUGAUCCGAAAAUUAUAGGGAUCAAAACUUACCUUUUCGAAAAUUUCAGCCAGGAAAAGGCUCCUGAAAAUUCUAGAUGGCCUUUUUUAGGGUAAAUAUCCGUUUAAAAUGGGUAAUUAUACCAUUUUGUAGAUCUUCGAAAAUCCUAGGAGAGGCAGGCAAGCAAGAAAUUUUACAACAAGUGUUCCGAAAAUUCUAGUUCUCAAAUCGUCUUCCGAACAGAUAUUUUCCCGAAAAUUCCCGUUGAGUGCCCCUGCUUAUUAUGAAAACGUGGUCUGUACGUUAGGCAACUGUGAUGGGUAUUGUUAAUAAAUGAAAAGUUAUUUUCAUAUACAAAGAUGGGCAAGGACGUUCACUUUGAAGGAAAGGCUAAGAGGAAUUCGGUAAGGCCUCGUCACGAUGAGGGUGUAGUGAAAAACAUCAAAAGCAUCAGCCAGCAGUGGUAGCAGCAGCAGUGGCAUUAGCACUGCAGUAGCAGCAUUAGCAGAAGUCUAGCUCAUUCUCUCUUGCAGAAGUAAUACAGUGGAACCCCGUUAAUACGGUCACCAGUGGGUAAAAAAAAAUUGGAACGCGGUGGCCGCAUUAAUGUUUUUUUUUUUUGUAAGAAAAUGUAUUCUGCCGAGCUAGGCCGAAAAAGAGUGGCUGUAAUAACGAGGUGACCAUAUUACCGAGGUGGCCGUAAGGCCGGAUUCCACUGUAAAUGGCAACAUGUUCAGCAGCAGCAACAGUAGUAGCAGUAUUUAUUUUUAUUUAACCCCCAGAUACAGUGUGAGAUUUAUUGGGUCUCCAGCAAACAUCAGGUCGAAUAAAACAUAGUCGUGAUAGGUCAUUUUAGAGAGUCACGAAAUGUCCCCCACGCAGCCAUGAAGAAAGACACGGAUCCAUAUCAAGUUAAAGAGUAUUUUAUUGACGUCAUCAAAAAGCCCAGGCAGAUUUCGCAAUAAUGUUUUAAUAUUUCCUUUUUGAUCACUUUGAUGUUUUUUAGUUAGCCUGCUUAUCCAUAAUAUUCACCGAUUAGAGUAGUAUUUAGUUGUGAGCCUCCAUUUUGUGUUGGGAAUUUUGAAGGAAAAAUAAAAUAAUAGUCAGGGGCACUUAACGAGAAUAUAGUUGAAAACCAUUUAAACAUAGCAUUGUUAAACGUAUUUUAGUAUUUAAACGUUAGAUAUAGGCAUAUUUUUAUCCCCUAAAAAUUUUUCAUCUGUUCGGAUUUCCUAGCUGAAAGUCUAGUGAUCCGAAAAUUAUAGGGAUCAAAACUUACCUUUUCGAAACUUUCAGCCAGAAAAAAGGCUCCCGAAAAUUCUAGGUGACCUUUUAAGGAUAAAAAUCCGUUAAAAAUGGGCAAUUACAGUAGUUUUGAGAUGUUCGAAAAUCCUAGGAGAGGCAGGCAGGCAAGAAAUUUUACAACGAAUGUUCCGAAAAUUCUAGAUCUCAAAUCGUCUUCCGAACAGAUAUUUCCCGAAAAUUGUCGUUUGGUGCCCCUGAAUAGUUUUUGAUUUUGUGGUGCUGGGAUUGAGGAGACAGCUGUAUCUGUAAAAAACUGUAAACUAAUGAUUGUAGCUUUCGAGUCGGAGCAGGCGUUUCCUGUUUUAAUGACGUCAUUUAAUUAUAAAUUUAAGGAUUUCAUCAAUUCACCAUUUUGCCCAUAACAUAUAAUCUUUUUAACUCUUAAAAUUUUGCUUAACCAGGCCAUUGUUUCCAACUUCCCCCGAACAUUAAAUCUCGCCUAAAGAAAAUUACGAGGUAAUGCCUAUGUUUUUUUUAGUUUGGAAGGGGUUGGAGAUGGGGGUAAAGAAGGCAAGGUGUUAGCAGCCGAUUAUGGAAAUUUAUGGGUAGUGAACAUUUCGUGCGUGUCUAACAUGACGUAUUAAAAGUUAUGUCUUCUUGAACCGAUGACGUUCUAAUGCAACGAGAAAUUUUAAAAAUGGAAAAUCAUCGUUCAAAUUGUUGCUUUUUUAAAUACCGGAAACUGCUAUUACAAAAUUGCUCUAGACAAAAUAGCACGUAAAUUGUUAGUGUUCUAAAAAAGAUAGAUGAGCUGCCUCUAUCCACUUACAUAAUUUAUUGUUACUUUUAAUUGUUCUCAGUUCAUGAGUAAAGCAGGUCCACAUGGAAGCUGCGGUAUCGGACCGGGUUUCCUUACGUGGUAUCGGAUUUCGUUGCCUCAAGUUCGUAACUCAUGCAUCGAGACUUAGGUGACGUCAAUGACCUUUUAUACCUUCUCUCGAAGUUAAUCGUCACAUUGUUUUUAUGAAGUGUUGAGCAUAAGUAGUUCAAGUCCAACCUUUGACGAAUUCUGAAAUUAAAAAAUUAAUUAAAAACGAAAACUAGCAAAGACCUUGGCCUUGGAAACAUAAUUUCGUAAGCGCUGUGUUAUCACAAGCUUUGGCGGUCCGAUUCAAAUGGACGUCACGAUAACAUUUGGUGUUUUGUGCUCUCACGUAACAUAAACAAUUGCCGUGGCAAAGAAGAUAAAUCAGGCAAAUCAAAGUACAAAGGCUUAUCUUUUGGGUAAAGAAUCUCUCAGCGUAAUUGGCUCGUGUUAGGGAGACUUUUUCACUAUCAGAAAACACUGACAUCCUUAUCGUAUCAUCCGAACGCUAAGUUGAAAGACGUGCGUAAUUACUAUGCAUUUGAAAAAUGUAUUUUAUUCUGCGGAAACAAGAACAGUGAAGUCGAUCGCGGUUGUUUGAAAGUCUCGAAACGAGGAGUUUGGUGUUUUAACACUAAUAUGGGUGGUCAACAAUAGGCCGGAUGACAUCGCAGGUUAGACGAACAACAUAGAGUAAGCUAGUUAUGUUACUGCACUGAAGAUCAAAUGGCAAAUUCCUUAAUAGCAACAUUACACUACUCGUUGACAGCAAGUUAACGUCCGGUAAGGAUUGCUGGAAUUUGAGCAGUUUAGGGCAAGAUGCCGAACGAUUUUUUACUCCUGACAUAGCACCCGACCCUAUCAUAGGGCAGCUUCAGCUUUCCCUUCCUCGGAAUUCUCCUCAAUAUGAUGUUACUUUUAAGGGUUUUUGCGUGGUUCAGUUCACAGCUAGAGAAGUGAAUGAACCAACACGACACCUUCUAUGUCCUGGUAAGUGGCCUUAGGCCCAACUCAUACGUUGUGCUUUUACCGGCUUAAUACAGAAUUAGCCAUCGUGUUAGAUCGAGUCAAAUUUACUUGCGCAUAUAGUAUAAAGACUCUGCAGUGGUAAUAGGAACAAAAAUCACAAAUCCCGCGAAUCUCCGAAAUUUAUAAUGAAUUUAAUUCGAUACUGCGUUAACCAAGACAUUUGAUUCUUUGCCUUGCCAGAGUCGUGUAGCUCUAGCACUGCAGAGCUGCCUGUCGAACCAAAACAAAUUGAAACCGGCGGGUUUUUUUUCAGACGCCGUGCUUCUGGCGUGGAUGCCUUUGACGGUCAGCACGGCAGAAGCACAUCGCUAUGAUCGUGAACCUGGGCCUUGUGCUCACCUCGACAAAAUUUAGGCAGAUUCUGCAAGUAAGUAAGUAGACUACAGAAGAAGGCUGGGUGCAGUUAGUUAAACCUCGAACAAUCUUUAGAGUUUUGCCUGCAUCAAAAGAUAUCAGGAAAUUGCACUCGAACUCACUCGAAUUUGCGUUUGAUUUUGCCUGCAUCGGUACUGAAACUCUGCACGCGAUUUUGCGUGCGAUUUUACGCCUGGCGAGAUCUCUAAGCACAAUUAUUUACAAUGGCAAAUUACGGUGGCUAAAAACUCACAUACCUCACAGCUAGCGCCUGCUAGUGACUUUAAAGUGGUUGUUAGCGGAUUUGUGUUGCAACUGCUUAUCUCGCACUUGACCCAAACUUGAGAACGUAAACCAGAAUAGAUCUGGGCUCGAGACUACAUGCAGUAACGUAUUGCGUUUCUGUGUAGUUGCACUGCGUUGCAAGACAGAUGGGACUGCCGCAAAACUUGCAGAACUUGCGGAACCUCCCCAAAAAACUCAUUUGAUGAAAAAGGAAAAAAAACACGAAAUAACUUUAUUUCAAUGCCUUGACGAUUCCAAAUAUUCCGUUAUCCCCACGUGAUAAAACCUUGAUACGAAGAAGUGUCUGGCUGUUUUCGGGAGCUUCUGAUUCUCUCCUUAUCACGCCAAACUACAAACUCGAAUCACGUCCAACCGGACUAGCCUGCGAAGAAUCUCUCGUCGCAAAAGGCUCCCCACCGUACUAUCGCUUUGCAGGCGCCAACAAUAUGGGACAAAAUAACUAGCCCGUCUGUAUGAGCCAAUAAAUAUAUACAGCUAUUUCGAGAAAGGUUGUCAAAAAAAUGUGCACGCGACAAUCACCGAAAGGUAAUAUGAGAUAUGCGCGAUCCACUGUUCCUGACACUGUGGCUGUCGAAACCAACUUUUUUUGUUGCUUUCCCUUAGCACUCACAGACAUAUGUCCAUGGCCUCUCCUGUCAUUCUUUCAAAUUUCUUUGAAAACAGUGAAGUCAAAACCACCCACAAUACCUUUCAGGGUUGUCGCGUGCUCUUUAUCCGACAACCUUUCUCAACAUAGCUGUAAAUUAUCAAGAAAAGUCUCUGCUGAAGGAAAACUUCCUCUUCACGACUAACAACAGCGGCAACAACAAAAAUGCCGAGUAUUCUUGUGUUCGCUCAGAUGUGUUUUCAUUACACCCGCGUCAAAUUAAAAAAAAAAGCACCAAACGUAACAAACAAUUAAUGCUGAUGAAAAUUGAUUCCAUUUUCCCCUUUGUAUAUUAUUUUAAUUUUGUUGUUCAUAACAUUGACAUUCUACUUCAGUUAACCUUUAGUACAUAAACCUAUGAUAACUUGUCCUCUAGCCGGGUCUGAUAACAUUGAUCAUGAUCAUUUAUCUUAUCAGAUUUAAAUACAGUUGUACUGCCCAUUUCAGUUCCGGUAUCUAUUUAACGGCUAGGUAGCUGAGGCUCAAACUAUUGGACAUGCUGCCCCUUAAAAGAUCCAUCCCUGCCUUAUUCACCAUAGGGUCUUUUAAUAACAAGUAACUAUUAAAGAUAAAAUGGUCAGAUCGUUGUCAAAUUUGCACAGUUCCCUAGUUUUAAUUAAAAAACAUCAACUUGUAGGUACAUGAAUAAAGAUGCACGAUCACAGCUGUUUUUAACGGUCAAAACAAUUUAUCCUGGAAGACCAAAUCUGUAUAGUUCGACGAGACAUGAGUAAUUUAGUUUCGUUAAUCCUGAGUUAAUUGAAGCCCUAUUCUCUGUAUAGCGGUGAUCAGUGCUAUUAUCCCGUGGAACAGCGCGCUGCUCUUGUACAUGUUUAACAAUUAAACCACAUCGUCUUAUUCCACUUGCCUUAAGCCAAUUUAACAUAAAAGAAUUAGCUGGGAAAUAUUAAAGAUGUGGUAAGCGUUUUUAAUUGUUUUAAGCUCACAAUUGUUUUUUUUUUAAUCUUGGUGAAUAAAAAUUGACAAUACUUUCAAUAAAACAAAGCUUUUUAGUCAUUCAGAAAUAUUGAAAUAGAUCACGAAGCUUUCCAAGAUGGCUUGCUCGUCGUUAAAGUUAAAAAUUAGUUUUGUGCUGGAAAUCUCAUAAAGUUGCCCCCUAUGUCUUGUCUAAAUUCAAAACAUAAUGCGACAAGCAUCAACUGAUUACGGUUUUCUUUUUUUAAAUUUGCUUGCAAUAUUACUGAAUUUCUGGUUUCGAUAUGCAUCUAGCCGUUUAUGCAACGUAAUCUUUUUCAGCCUUCACCGGUAGAUCAAAUAGAAUUUUGGUCGCCAUUAAUAAUGUUAUUUUCAGCGGUUUUUGAACACGAAUAAACAAAUUUAUACAGUGAAAACCAAUUAGACGGUCGAUAGUUUGUCUUGCCUUGUCUUCAAUUAUCCAUCUAAUUUGCCAAAACUCCGGGCAAAACUAUGAGCUUUGAGGCCAAAAAAAUUAGUGUCAACAAAAAGUAAAGGGUCUUAGUGAAGUGAAUGCAGCAUUCCCUCCUAAAUACCUUAUAACAUUUUGUAAUCUUUAUUUGUCAUGUACAAAUGAGCUAAAAUUUAAAUUUAUUCAUUUGCCGGCUUUUAGCAAAUUUUAAUUUACAUUUAAAUUACACAUUUCGUGUGGAGAAAUCGACUGGCAAAAGAAUCAAUGAAUAAUCUUUACAAACAAUUGAUGCGUGUAAAAAGGGUAUAAGAGAUUUGAUUCUCCACAUCGUCGUUGAACAUUUUUUUCGUUCUCUACCACUGUGUUUAGCCUAUUUGAAGAGUUGUUAAGUGGGUUGUGUGUCCACAUGUCUUACAAGUCAAUUUAGGUAACCUUAUCAACCGCAAACAUUGAAUAACCACAUGCAUGUAGCCUUCGACCUGUGCUCUUCUUGUCGGGACAUAUUGCUCGCUUAUCCUCGUUGUGAAGGCCACUCUUGCUUUAUUGCGAAUUGAAACUGGGCCUAUGGAACACCAAAUGAACUGGUCAUUCGUUAAAUUAGACACUCGAUGCUUGAGUAGCUAGAAAUACCUUUCCGUGCUAAUUGUUUUUUCGCAUUAUUACAAUCCUUGCAGGCAGAGAUGUUUAAAUAACGCGCCAUGUACGGCAUGUUACUGGAGAGCGUGGAACACUUUCUCAAGGAAAAAUACGGCGAAAAGAGCUGGAAUUUGAUCCGCCUUCAAGCAGGAGUCAAAAACCAUGUAUUCGUUACGCACGAGCGUUACCCGGAUAAUCUCAUGUUGGACAUCGCUCGUGCUGCCUCAGAGGUCGUUGGAAAACAAAUGAACAUGACUCCGGAAGAUUUUAUACAGUUCUUCGGAGUUUGUUUCGUGAAUUUUUUCAGCAACUAUGGCUACGAUAGAAUUAUACGAGUCAGCGGAAGACAUUUUAGGGAUUUUUUAAGCGGGAUUGAUAACUUGCAUGAACACAUGCGUUUCGCGUACCCAAAGCUACAGUCGCCUUCGUUUUACUGUACUGAAGAAACAAGCUCAGGAUUAGUUUUGCACUACAAGUCUAAACGCAAGGGAUUUGUACGCUAUGUUAUAGGGCAAGUCAUGGAAAUCGCAAGGACGUUUUACGACAUAACGCUUGAGGUUAAAGUGCUCGAAAAUCUUUCUUCAGACGCUGGAUGUCACAUUAUAUACCAACUUUACUUCAAUAACUCCGCUUUUAGAAAGCCCCUUAGCGCGGACUUGUUGUCUUUUAGAGAAAGACGUGAACUGUCUUGUGAAACUUUUUUUAAUAUCAUGCCUUUUAGCUUCGUCGUGUCAUCUAACAUGGAAAUUUUAAUGGCUGGAGCAGCCUUACUGUCCACGCUUGGAAACGUCUUGAUUGGCAAUCGCGUAGACACUGUUUUUUCCUUAAGACGACCACGAAGGGAAUUUUCAUGGGAAAACGUAAGUGCUCUGACUAGAAGGAUACAUCUGCUUGCGGAGUGUGUUAAAAAAAUUAAAUGCUUUUAAAUAUGUAAUUGCCGUCAGUGGAUGAAUGGACACGCUAAUGGUUUUUGUGUCAGUUUGUCAAAGUCCUUGAGCGAGAUUAGUUCUUAAGUAUCCAUUUCUGUGCAAAAUAAAUUUAAAAAAUGGGGAACAAAACUGAAAAUGCAACAGUGAAAACGGCAGCAUUUAUAAACAACGAAAACCGCAAUAACAAAAACAUUUUUUUAAAAAAAAUGGCGGCGCUGUUAAGCUACUCGAAACUAUUAGUAACUUCACUUGGAGAAGAAAAUGAAAGGUCUGAAUCGAUUGUUUAAAUAAAAUCGCCUAGUUUCAGUCAUCUUGCUACGGUUCACCCCGCAUGAACAUAAAUUUACCAAAAAAAGAGGAAAUUUUGUUGUCCUUCGCACGUCAUCAGGAUGUCUUGAUUUUUUAUUCUUUUUGGUCAAGAGAAAUGCUUGUUAUCUUUUCGUAGUUAGCUAGACCAUAACAAGAAUAUAAAGGCAUCGCAAGAUGUUUUUAACCAAUAUAUAAACAACUUUGUCAGAUGAAAAAUCUUAUUUUACAAAAUAAUUACAGUCCUUCUCUCUUUUUGUUGGUCGCAAAAGGUAUCCUCAGCGCAUGUAAAGGAUAUUGAUUUGACUACAAUUUGCUGUAAUCACAAAAACUGUGCUAAUCAAUAGUGACCUUUUUUAAAUUGUCUAUCUCAAAAAGUAAUAAUUCAAGGGCUUUAGUUCACGGGUUAAAUUACCGCAAGAGAGCCUUUCUUGAUUACGGGAAAGCAUAGCACUUUGACGAUUCAAUUUCAUGGGGUCCCUUGCUUUUUUACUUAUUUAUUUAUUCUUUUAUUUAUGUAUGUUAUUAUAUUUUUUCAUCGAAAAACAAGAAAUUGGCUUGGUCCGCGUACGUUCCGUCCAUUAGAUUUUUAUUUAAAAGAAAAAACGAAACUUUAACAUUAAGAAAUUAAAUAUAUCAAUUUUCAAUGUCUAAAUUCGAGAACUUGAAAAAUUGAAAUAGAUUUUCGGCUUUAAAAAUCAAAAUUUUGCAAAAUUGCCAGUGAGUCUUUAAUUCCAAAAAAGGAAAAGAAAAAUGAAAGUCGUCUUAUAUUUUGACUUUUUUUUUAGCCUGUUAACGGGACAAAACUGUAUGUUUAUUCCCCUCUUGUUUCCGGCUAUUUUGUCAUUGUUAAAGUACGACCAUGGAUAAACAUGCUAUUGCGCAUGACCAGUACCAAGUGACUGUUCAUUUCUCUCUCGCGUGCAGUCCUUCAGCUAUGCGGUGAGUUGUUAAGCUGUUUCGCCCAGUCGCGACUACCGAGUACAUUUUGAUCGCAUUUAGCCGUUUCAGUAAUCCUAGAAUCUCGUUUUUUCGCCUUACAGUUCUCCAAUCGACCUGCUUUGACUGAGCGGGAAGCAAAAUAUGUAAUUUGUUUCUACUUUCUGCUCAAAUUUACUCUUUAUAUUCAAACCACUUGGGGCUGUGACUACAUUUUUAUUCUGAAAACUAUCAUGAGUUGGUUAAGCACAGAAUUCGGACUGACGACCGAAAACAGAAAUUCAUGCAAGUAAUUAAUUUUCUCUUAGCACGAUAAUUGCUAUAUGUUUCGGUUAUGCAAGUUAAAAACAAGUGCGAACAUUCUUCGACAUAACAAAGAACCAAUCAGAGCGUCUUAAAAACUGUCAAAGUUAGUCUCCCUCAGGCAUUGACAAUUCUUAAUAAGGCGGCUUCAGGGAUAGAAGGAUGUUGUUGGUAGAGAUGUUAAUGUUCAUGAAGAUAUUGACGAAUUGCUAUCAGGAAACAGUUUGAAAAUAGCUGUCUUUUAUGACAAAACUUUGAGGACCACAAAAUGAAGAAUAAACCAAAAAAACGUCUGAUGGUCUACAAAAUGUUUUGAAGCUUUUGUUGACAUCGUCGUCUCUGUUGUCUCAAGGAGAGUCUUCUCCGCCAUCCAUGACGUCAAUGAUUUUCCGUAAAUUUAAAACAGUGGAGUAGAAAUCAAGAAGUCUUUUCCUUGUUCUUCAGCGUGUCUUCCGCCGAAAGACAGUGAGAUUAGUUCAACUAUUAAAAGAAUUUUCUUUGUUUUUUUUUUGUUUUUUUUUUCUUUCUGUUUUUAUUUUACGUUCAAUAUGUUUAAAGUGUGUAUUGUGGCGCAGUGGAGAGAGCACUCGUUCCUCAGUUCCACCAAUGUGCGCUAGGUUUAAAACUUCAAAUCCCGUUGGCCACGACGUGACGUCGACAUCUCUUAAGUCCUGAUUAUUAGCGGGACUCGAUAGAAAUAAUGUUGCUGUUUGCAUUCAAGAUAAAGAGGCUUAAUUCAAUAGUUUUGCUGAUAACAUGGCAUCCAUCUAAGAGAUUGCUUCCCGCCAUCGUAAUCAUUUCGCAUGUGGAGGAAAAACAAUCAUGACAUCGUUGAAAGAGUUAAAAGGAAUAGACACUUUCUUUGUGAGCGAAUGGUUGAGGCAGAAAGGCCUUGAAAAACUCAGCGAGAUAGUUGAAAGCAAAUAAAAGAUGAAAGCUUCGUAUUUUGUGUGAUCAAAGCGACGAUUGAUACGUUGAGGGAACGGUUCCAUCGUCAUGAUGAGAAAAUACUCAUGUUAAGCUCGUGGGUUGUUUGUUUAUCAUUCAAAAUUUUAAAUACCUUCGAAAAUGAGAAAGGUAUUGUUAAAAUUCUCGUUAAUAGUUUUGUCAUUGAUAUUUAUCAGAUCGAUAUGAUCUUUUUUGCAGUAAUUACAACUAGAGGCUCGGGAGCGAUGCGCGAAGGGUGCUUUACGCGUUUUAUUACAUAUUUAUUUUACAUUAUAACAAAUUUCCUAUAAAUACGACAUUUGUAGCUUAUUUAUUUAUGAAAACAAAAAACAAAAAAAAAGAACAAUUGCCCGACAAAUGCCCGGGGGGAGGCCACGCUCAGUGGAAUUGACUGAGCCAUUAGAUUUUGAUUUGAAUAUUUGAUUUUAGACCCGAAAAAUUACCUGGACCUACAAGAAACCAGUCUGACAGGUUUUUUUUCCGGCUUCCAGACCAACAUUGCCAAUAACUGGAGCUUCUAGUGGUAUUUUUCGUUUGAAACACAUGGAAGCCUCGAAAUCCAAUAUGGCGAAACACAACACGAUCGAGUUUCCCUUCCCGUCGUUGACUCGGUUGCCUACCACCAAGCCGUUCCAUUACAUUUUGAAAUAUUUCGUUCUGUUCGGAGGUUCUCUUUUAAUACCCUCGGCUCUAGUCUCAUAGUCACAUAUUGCGAGCCGUUUUACUGAAAUUCAUCCCCGCACGAACCACACUUUAAAGACCCGAAAAAUAGAAAUUGUGCGACAGCUGUUAAACUGCUCAUCAUAAUGCCAAUGGGCUUUUAAAACUGCAUUCUAUCAAAUAGUAAGCGUCGAUCGAUAAGAGGUAUAUGUAAAUUUUUAGCAGAGCCCCAUAGCUAAGGAAAUGUGGUAAUCUACCCAUCCCAGAAAAUUUGGUAAUCACGUGACCGUACACCGAGCGAGCGAGCGUGCGACCGUCCGUCUGCACCACAGGCAUACCAUUGUAAAAUAACUCAUCAACAGGUAUGGCAACCCAAAUGCAACUCAAGGUUUUAUUUGGAAGGAAAUCACAUGGCCGCCCGGACGUUUAGAAAGAAAAACCAACAACAAAGUCGUAUCUAUUUCGGCGUCAUUUUUUAUGCUUACACUAACGUGGAUAACAGAAAAAGAGCUAGAGGGAGUUAUUGAAAACAAAGGAGACGAAUUUCGUGGGGAGAAAAACAUGGAAAUUCAAAGCAACGGUGAGGAAAUGAGAAAUGCUAGCGGCAAGAAAGGUGAAAAUGAGCGGCGGUGGAAAAUAAAAGCGAACAUGAACACAGGAAACAAAAUGAUGUGUAACUAGACGUUUGACGUUUUAGUUGUACAAAACAGUGUUGUACUCGUGCAAAACAACGGCAAGGGAGGGGAGAGACAAAAAAGCGUGCUGCACGUGGAAAGUUGCUUUUUGCUAAUUAGAAGAAAAAGUGUGCCGCACGUGCAAUUUGGUUUUUUGCUAAUUAGAUCUAUUACUCUUGAAGCCAUUUUCAUUGUCGUCUCCGUUUAGCAUUACACGAUUUAAUAUUUUUGUUUAUAAGUAUUAUUAACCAGAGCUUCGCUUUUAGCCCUGGCUAAAUCUAUGUAUUAUGGGUAUCCAUGCUUACGUACGUACGUACAUAGUAUACCUAGAAACGGUCAUUUGGCUUGCUAUUAAUAUUAGUUUUUCGAUUCAUUUCUCACUUGUAUAUUUUGUUUUCCGUGUUUAGUGAACGUGAUGUAACCUGCUUCUUCUCUCUUUAGAUCAAAACUUGGAAUGUAAUUUGCGAGCUUGUUGCGAAAAUUUCCUGUGUAAGGACCUACAGAGUCAAAAAGCCGCUAUUGAGGUCUGUCAAAUCUAUGGACAGAGAUGAAUUGACUUCGUCACUUACGCAAUCGACAGAAAGUAAUCUCGAAGCAACCUCAACAACUAGCUCACAAAUUUGUAAGUCAACGAAUUGCAAGAGAAUUUAUCCAGAUAUUAUUGAAGAAUUUGGACACCCCAGCAAAGCAGAAUAUCAAUACAAGCACGUGACUAGACGGAACAGCGCGGAUGUAUCACGGAAUGGAGUGUUGACGUCCAGGUUGCGCGACAAAGAUUAUUCCGCGAAAAUUUUGAAGCACUUACAUUUGAAAGGUCAUGUAAAAUAUCUCAAGAAGGAGGACGUUGUUCUGUUUGUCUGCUCACCUAUGUAAGUAGUGGAAUAAUAAGCAUCUGAAACUCUUGCCUUGGUUUCGCAAGUUUUAAAUUAUCGUAUUUACCCAAUUAAACUCCUCAGAAAGAAACUGGAUUACCAAUAAACACUGCAUCCAAUCAUAAGAAUGCGGCGUUUAUUAGAGGGUUGUAAGAAAAUAUAUUCGAUACAACUAGACAUUCUACAUAAUGAAGACAAUUACGAUUCUGCCCCAGCAAAAAAGAGAGACUUAUGAACUAUAAACACUUUUCUGUUUUACAUAAUAUUUAAAUGUGAUUUACUGUUCCUAACUGUAAUUUUUGUGAUUUUGAAAUAAACCCCGCCCUUGAACAAAAGACGCAUCAGAAACAAUUAAAAUUUAAUAAACGCUGUGGUGUUUAAUCGAAUCAAUACGUUAGAUAAUAAUAACUAUUAUAGUAACAACUUAAUCUAAUGUAAAGAGGAAUUCUCACCUAUAAGUCUUCAUGGCUCCUUGAGACUUUCUCGCCUUUUGAGAUUCUUUUCUUUCGAUAUGAGUAUAUUACGUGUAAUUUAAUGUUUUUCCCCCUUCAUUUAUAUGUAAAAAGGGAAAAAAAUCAAUCAAUGAGUACUCUGGUUUGAACCUGGGCUACCGGUCGAAUAUGUUACCAUUACCAUUACCACUUUGGCUAAGAGUAGUUCUAAAAAAGACUUUUGAUCUGAUUGCAUUAUCUUCCAGGAUAGCAGGUGUGGAUGAAAUGGCUAGGAGUGGAAUGUACAUGAGUGACCUCGGAAUGUAUGAUUCAUCUCAAGAAAUGGUUCUUUCAGGAAUACAACCCCUGCCACAGCUUGAAUAUGCACGUGAUCAGGUAUGAAUGAAGCCGACUUUUAAAGUUGCCUGCAAACGCAAGCGCCUCUCACUGAUCGCUUCCCGUCGAAGUCGCUGGAGAGCCAGGAGAGGCGACGGGCUCUGAAAAUGUCUGAAAGCAGGAGGUGCAUGCAAUUGAACUAAUUUUGAUCUGAGCCUUAAUAAAAGACAAAUAAUAUGAUUACCUGAAACAAUUUUGAGCUCCACAAGAAUGCACUUAGCACUAGAAAGUACACUCACUUGAAUUUAUGAAUUCAAGUGCAGUCUUACGGGUUGUUGACGUCAAACAUGAAGAUUGCCUUCGAUUCCUUUCAGUUUACAAACCUGUGUCAUGCUGAAAUCGAUAAGAUUGGACGAAAAUGUGUCGAAAAAAGCCACUUUGAAUAACAGAAAAUGUUUAACAAAUGGAUAACACAACGCCUAGCAAAUUUAAUUAAUGGCAAGGACCAGCGAAAUGGACUGCUCAGUCGAAUCAAGUCAAGGGAGUUGCAGACCAGGCUUCUGAAAAAAAUCGAAAAGAGAAGAAAAGUGUACUUUUACGAAAAAAUUGCGUAAGUUGGAACUGAACUGAACUACUACACUUGAAGUCAUAACUUCAAGUGAGUGUGCUUUCUAGAGCUAACUGAAACUGAUGCCUCAACGUGGUAAUUACACCCCUGCCGAUGAAAACUCGCCAACUAAUAGUUUGUAUUUGCCAGGCAGCUUUAAUUGCUUUCAAACCAUAUCUAGAUACAUAAAUUGACGAAAAUUUCUUUCUCUCUUUUUCUUUUAAAUCAAAGCUGUUGGAAAGAGGAAAAACACUUGAGGAGAACUUACGGAAACUAGAGGAGGAACGGCAGAGGAGCGAGCAACUGCUACAUCGCAUGAUGCCAAAAGCCGUUGCUGAUAGACUAAGAGAUGGACAGAAAGCAAUUGACACUUGUGAGGUACAGUCUGUGGUUCUUUUUUCCGUGUUUGGGUGCGGAAUUUCAUCAGUGGAACAGAUGGCAAAAUAAAUAAGUAACGUGUAUCUAUUAAUUGAAUCUGCUAUUUUUGCAAGUGAUGGUCAUCUAGCAUGCUCUAUACUUCUACGAUGCACUGGUCGAUUUCAGAGGAUUCAAUAAAAGGGGGGUCUUUGCAUACUGUCUAUAUAAUAGCUUGUGCACUCUGACUGCUUUUAACAUUUCCCAAUGUUAGUGUUCAAAUCGUCUUCAAUCAAAAGUACAUAGUCUUAAGUUUACUGGAAGCCUCAAUUAAUGUCCGAAUCUGUAGUGCUUCAUCAAUUGUCCCAUAGGUUCAGUGCGUUAGGGAGGAGGGUAUUGAGACAUCAGGGUGUUUGUAUCAAAGCGAACGUUUUAAGAAGGCGUUCUCUUUUAGCUAUGGUCUUUUUCGAGGCCAUUAAAGCAAUUUUAUUUUGCGGUGCGAGCACUAUUAUCACAGUAGUUUUAAAAACGUGUGUGGGAGUACCACUGACUAUGAAACGGCUCUACACUUGAUUGGUGUUCCGAUUGCCUCCAUUUUCUUCUGCUGUCUGCAUGGGAUUAAGAAUGAACACAAGCUUAAAGCCUGUUACUUUGUUAGUAUUUUGAUAGCGUCACCAUCAUGUUCAGCUACUUAGAUGCCUUUGAUCACAUUUGCUCCAAAGUUACUCCAAUGGAGGUCGUCACAUUGGUUAACAGAAUGUUUUUGACCUUUGACAAACUGAGCGAGAAACACGACGUUUACAAGGUAAAACACUGGACGCAAAAAACGGAUUUGUACAAUUUUGCUCCUUGCAAAUUUGUCGAAAACAUGUAAAAACUGAGGAGAGUAAAGCUGGGGCAAAGAUGGUGAAUGCCACUUUUACCAAAAAACAGGGGGUGUUUAUGGGGUGUCAAGAGAGAAUGAUCUUGGGUGGUGUUUACCAUUUUUGCCUCAGAUUUACUCUUCAGCUUUCACAAUUUUGCGACAUAUUUGCAGGAAGCAAAUUUGUACAAAUCCAUUUUUUCGUCCAGCGAAAGGCUGUGUUCCUCAGAAUUCGAAACUGAAAAAGAAGUUCAAUGUCUUAAAAAGACAUGGUAAAAAUUACUGGAUUUAGUGCAAGCUUAAAACUAUAAAUUUUACUGAGAAUGCCAAAUUACAACUAAGCUGAACAGUGAAAGAUGAAAGUCACCGACAGGACCUUAUUUACUUGCCAUCGUCGAACUUUCACUCAGUUUUAUUUCUGGCUGAUAUCCUUGGGGUAGAAAUAAUUGAAAGCCUAUAUAUAGCUUUGCUUGUAGCUUGGUAGACCGUCUUACUUAGCAAUUCAAUGAACAUUGGAUAUUUCCUUUAAUGGUCAUUUACUUAGCACACUUUUCACAGUGCCCUAUUUUCUCCUGAUUCUUUUUUUUGCCGUGAGGUCGUCGAGAUCGAGCACUGGCAUCCCCUUGGCUACACUCGGUACAGCUGGCCUCAAUCGUAUCAGUAGCCGCUCAAUCUUGACGAUCGAUCUACGGAAAAAAGGGGACUUUGGAAAGCCCAUCAUUCACAUAACCACUUAACAAGACAAUAAUUAUAAGCCAUUUAUAGACCAAAAUACUUUGGAAUUCUUUAGUUUGAGACCCUUGGAGACGCUCAAUACAUGGUAGUUAACGGUGUACCAGUAAGAAAGGACCACCAUACUGAGUCUGUGGCUGCAAUGGCUUUAGACAUUCUCCAAUCGGUAAAAGAACUGAAGGAUCCUUCUACAGAGGAGCAAUUGACUGUAACUAUAGGUGAGAGAGUUGACGGGUGCCACAUGCUUACUUUUGUGUGUUCAUUUUUACACUUGAUCGAGCUUCUUCUACAUUUUAAAGCUAGGCUAGGGGCUCAAACUAAAAUAAUAUUUAGCCGAUGAGAUAUGAAAGAAAAUGUCAAAUCUCAAAUUAAUAUCUCUUAUAGCAGAUAGUGAUAAACACUUUCAUGGAGUCACACUCAAUGCUAAAAAUUAAACAAGCUUUUCGAGUGUCGAUUCUUCCGUUUCCACUAAACUUUUUUUUUAUAUGGUGUCUUUCCAUGUGGUAAUACCAAUUUUCUAUGGUGCAAAGCCCGCACAAUCUGUUUGUUUGUAGCCGAUUGUUAUUAUAGCAAAUGUUCUGGAUUUACCGUUUGCCUCACCUAUAGCGAUAUGUCGCUAACUGGACCAUAAUUUUUGGCACUUAAUUUAUGCAAAGACACAUUUAAGCCUCUCAAAGAACAAAAUAUAGUAUAAAAAGGUCUAUUUUGUCAAUGAUAAAUAAACGUUGAAUUUUUACACUUGAUCGAGCUGUAGGUAUAAACUAAAAUAAUAUUUAGCCGAUGAGAUAUGAAGCUCAUGGAGUCACACUCAGCUAAAAAUUAAGCUUUUCGAGUGUCGAUUCUUCCGUUUCCUAAACUUUUUUUUUUCUUUCCAUGUGUAAUACCACAGGGAGCCCGCACAAUCUGUUUGUGUAGCCGAUUGUUAUUAUAGCAAAUGUUCUGGAUUUACCGUUUGCGUCCUUUAUAUCAAAAUGAUAAAUAAACGUUUUUGAGCGAUUUUGAGCGAUUUUGAAGGAGUUUGAAUUCGCCGUUGACUGUUCCUUAUAAUAGAAGGACGAAAUCAAACUGCUUCAAAAUCGCUCAAAAAACCGCUUUUGAGGUAAAACGACGACUAUAUAAACAGAUUGUGUGGGCUCCCUGUGGUAAUACAGCCAUAAACCAUUAAAACUCGUUAGCACUAAAUACUCUGUGAUUAUGUUUGUCAGUUAAAAUUUUUUCAUGAUGUCGCUUUCCGGUAGCUCAGUCUUGCAACAAUAGAGGUACACUAAGUAAAUGUUGAGUACGAUUAGCAUGACUUCAAUUCAAUCUAAGAGAGAUUACAAGUUAUUAUCAUCUAAAAGGAGUACCUAGAACCUUUGGUACUUUUGAGCCGUUAGUUUGUUGGAAGAAUCUUAUUUAUUACUAGUGAUUAUGGCCAAGUUUCAAUUAAUUGUUGGACUACAAGGUCAAAAACUAAUUUUGUCCGAAUUUAAUUCCUUGCGGUGUUUCUUUAGCGUAAUUAAAUUUUGUUCUCGUUUUCUGUGUUACUCCGCAGGGAUACAUUUAGGUCCAGUGGCGGCAGGUCUUGUCGGGGAAAAGAUGCCACAAUACUGUUUAUUUGGCGACAGUGUAAACAUUGCAGCCAGACUUAGAACAACUUCGUUGGUAGGUAUUCUCAAUCUUUCAGUGACAGAAUAUAUAUACAUGAGUGUGUACUUCUGCAAAGAUAAGUAUUAUUAAUAGGCCAUUUCCAUGUUUCAAAAUCUCUCACUUUCAAACAGAGGCCAAAUGCAAAACCUUUCUUGUGAAAAUGAAUUUAUUUUCACGAGAAUAAAAAAUCAUAUUCAGGUCAAUGGCUUUGCACUUAGCUUCGCUUUGAAACAGAGACUUGGGGAUACUUGGGCCUAUACGCAACUUGCACACCUCCCAUAAUGCACGUUAUUUGCCCCCAAAAUUUUGCGCAAGCAUUGUUUUCAAUUUCUCUUAGGGCGGCUGUAAUACCCAGGAGAAAUGAAAGACAAAGGUUAUACAUUAACUUUUGGGGGGCAAAUAAGGUGAAUUAUGGGAGAUGUGCAAGUGGCCGCGAAUUGAAAUUGGUUGAAAUGAAAGGUGGAUGGCAAGAGUUUGCAUUACUAAAACCGUGUGCUUACUAAAACCAAUACUCUAUUAAGUUUCCGACCAUUGAACUAAAAAGGGGGCUAUUUUGAGCUGGUGAUGUGCAGUUGGGCCAUUUAGUCUCAAGAGCGAGGCAGUCUCCAGCAAUCCUCACGCGUAGUAAGAUGCUCCCAGUCCCGAACCCUCAAACUUACAAACAGUGAGUCCCUGUCCGUUAUAUAAACGUCAGUGAAAAUGACACCAUCUACUCAGCCUCGGUAUAUAGAUAUUUUCACUAGACUGUCGCAUAGAAACACCCCUAAACUGUGUAAAAUCCAACAUGAUCUGGCUGUUAGGACACAGCACAACGGCCGUAUCCAGAACUGUAUGUUUCCAUUUACACCACGCCUCAAAAGCCAACCUUCAUUUCCAUGGAACGUCAACUGGAGCUAUACUCUUUGCUUGCACUGAUGUGUCCUUUCCUGAGACGGCGAUGCCGCUUUUCAGCCUAAACGCCAUUGAAACCCAUCUAAACACCACCCCCUUAAAACUGUGCGUAUUGCCCUGGACAUGCAGUGUCUGUUUUCCACCAGCGUCGCUGUUCUUUGGAUGCUGGUGGUAGUCAAAGAUAUUGGGUCGCAGCUUGACACAGUAAAAGCAGUUACCAUGUCGAUCUCCUCCAAAGCAGAAAGACCAGCCUUCCUCAGGUCUCCACAACACACUUUUUAUUGGUAAACCGGCGGAGUGGGCUGACACCCAUUCUAAAAUAAUCCUUAUCUUAACUUACUUGCAUACAUGGAAAUUACCAUUUAUCUCUGGUCCCAGGUUGAAAGUUAUUUCUCCACGGAUAGCUCUCAAAGGAAAUAUCAACUUAGCUUUUGCCUUGAUUGUUGAGCCCCAAGCCGUGAGGUUUCCAUUUCAUCUCAGUACUUACACAUGUUUAAGUCAAAAGAUAAUGUUUCUGACCUGCAACAACGGAGCAUUUGCAAUUAACUGACGGAUCGGACCCCCUAAUUGGACAGCGCGUCGGUCUCGGUGUAUUUUCUUUGAUUAUCGUAGGAGAGCAAUCGUUAGAUCAUUGAUCAAGAUUGCAUCAAGAGCAACAUAAAAUAUUGUUAAUAUUUCAUUAUUUGGUGAACUGUGGUAUUUUUUUUUUUUCAGCCCAUGAGGAUUCAUAUAAGUGAAAGCUGUAACGAGUCUUUGAGAGGGACAGAUUUUGAAACAGAGUUCCGUGGAUUGACAGAACUUAAGGUUUAGUUUCCUACUGUACAUUGUUUAGUUGCCUCUUCUUAAUCGGUCGGGGUAGUAGAAACGUUUAACCACAAAACGCCACCGGCCCUUUUGUGUCUUUGUAAUUGUAACCAGGAGCCAUGAUGGUCCCAUUGUGGCUCUUUUUGUAACCCAUUUGCACAUUCGCAAAGAAGUUUCUUGAAUGUUGGACUAAAGAACUUCAAUGACGAAAUUACCCAAGCAAUGUUUUGUGCAAUAAAACCUUGUCACAAUGCGUAACACAAAAUUUGUUUUUUUUAACAGGGAAGAGGGAAAACGAGAACCUACUGGCUGACAGGAAGAAAAACACGCAAUCCAGCAGAAACUCCGCCGAAAGGAUCAACGGAUAAUAACAUGAAUCUAAAUAGCUCUUGA